UGGCUACUUCCUACUUCCUGCAUUGGGUAACCAUUGGCAACGCGACUACCUCGCUUUACGGCGUUUGAAGAACACGCCCAGAAAUCGCUGAAAAAUAUUCUAACAAGUGUCUAGAUGUAAGGUCCAGUCAAAGUUAUAUGUAAAAAAUCUUAUAUUCGUCACCGAACAUUAGAUUUGUUUAAAUCUUAUAGCAAGACAGUUGUGCUUGGUAUGCACUGUAGCUAUAUGUUUCAGUGAGAGUGUUAAACGUUUGAUAGCUAGCUAGCAAGAGAGACCACUCACAAUCCGUCUUGAUCUGCACUGCCAGCAUUUGAAGAGCUAGCUUGGGAGGAUGACCAAAAAACAAAAGCAAACCACAAGUUUCACACCUCCCCAGCCUAGGUCACUCAGGUCAAGGAAGAGAAAGUGCAGUGAUGAGUCAGAGGAGAGUGCCCCCUCUGGAGAGACAGUGGAAGCACAGCCCUCACACCUUGAACAGCAGGACACUGAGGGAACAGUGUUAAACACCACCUCUCCUCCUAAAGACUGCCCUCUGACGGCCUGUACUACUCAUCCAUCUCAGCAGGCUAACAAAGUGGGAGAUACCACUGCACCCAAGCAAGAGGGGGAUCCAGUGGAGGAAAGUCCGGUUGUGACUGGCUUCGAGGGAGAACAGGCCAUUGGAGGGGCUGUGGAGGGGGUGGGCACAGAGGAGUCAGUUCCAACCAAUCAGGAUGGUGGAAAUAGUCCACAGGAAGACCAUAGUGUGGAGUCCUCUGUCAAAGAUGACGAGGGUAGAGAAGAAGAAGACAUCAAGACACAGAGUUUCCUCAGCUUCCCCCCACACCCACUGACUGUAGCACAGCCCCAACCCCAGCCAUCCCUGCUUCCCUCCAAGGAGGUCAACGUUGGGGACGGGGACAGUCAAACCGACAAUGAAGAGGAGCAGUGUGGAGAGAAGAACCCAAAGCCCAAUAUGGAGGAGCUCGACAGUGAACAGCAGGAGGCUAUAGAUGACAGAGGUGUUUGUCUGGGUGGUGGGAGGGAGGGGCCACCAGUGGAGGAGGACAGAUCUGUGGAGGAACCAGUGAAGAAGAGGAGAAGGAGAAUGGGGAUGUGUGGUCUGGGAGAGAGGGAGAGGAGGAGAGGAAUAGAGGAGCAGUGGCAGAAGGAACGAAAGAGUGUGACGGAAGGAGGGAGGGAGGGAGAGGAGAUGGUGCUGGUGAGGAAAGCGGAGGAGGAGAAAGUGGAGAAAGAGAGAGAGGAGGACAUCGGGCAGAGUGGUGAUAGUGGUGGUGGUUGUGCCAACCUGGUGGCUGUAGAGGGAACUACAGCAGCAUCAUCCUCUGAUCCGUCCCUCCUUUCAUUCAUCCCUCCAUCCGCUCCUCUGGGGAGUACCACUGAGCAGAGGAAGGAAGAGGAGAAGGAAGAGGGGGAGAAGUUAGAUGAGGUGCAGCUUCAGUCAGGGGGAGAGGCCAGCCAUGCAGACCCCAGCGAAGUGGCUUAUUCUGGGACAGAGCAGGUCACAGGAGAGGGUCUCCGGACCGGCCUGGAGGUGGACCCACUGAGUGAGCAGCCUGUGGUGUUGGUGGAAGAAGAGCUAGACACAGAGGAGGUUGUGGAGAAGAACCAGGAGGGGGACAGGGGGGGCUGUGGGUCUAAUGAGCCAGAGGAGAGCCCCCCUAGGGCCCCUACACCAUCCUCCACCACCACCCCUACCUCUAUCCCUCUGGAGGAUGGGACAGAGAGGGAGCACCACAGAGAGGUUCAGAGCUCACCUACACAGAGAGAGGGGGGGGGCUGAAGAUGGGGCUGGGACUGGGACUGUGGCCGACCCCCGGGCACUCAUUCUGGCUCCGGCUGACAGAGGAGAGUCCACCACAAAGCCAGGUCCUGGAAGGGAGGGGCACAACCAGGCUCCAGUGACACCUGGUGGCUCGGAGGAGAACAACCACUCCACCACCCCAGACCUGACCAGAGACAACGAUGAUGCUGCUGUCGUUGAUCCGUUUGGAGUGCUGCCUCUGGACGACCUGUCUGACUCUCAACUCAACACCAUCACUCUGACUGAGAAAGAGGAAGAGGAGAAAGAGGAAGGGCAUGAAGACGCUACAGAACUGGUCUGUGGCCUGAUCACAGAACUCUCCUACCUAAAUCGGGUAGUGAUGGCUACCCAUCGGGAGCUAGAGUCUCUUCGCCGUGGCAACAAGACCGUGAGGCCUCCCCCACGCCGCGUCUUCCCCCCACGACGCUCUGAGAUCUAGAAUGCCUCCCAAAUAGCACCCUAUUCCCUAUAUAGUGCCCUACUUUUGACGUGGGCCCAUAGACACUAUAUAGGGAAUAAGGCUCUGGUCAACAGUGGUACACUAUAUAGGAAACAAGGUGCCAUUUGGAACCUACAGCGAACCAUCAUCGCAACGCCCCCAAAGGCUCAUGGUUAAUAUUCUUCACAUAGCGGAGGCUCACUUGAAAGUUGAUUUGUAUUUAUGUUUUGACUUGAAUACUCCAGAUCAGUUUGAGAACAAUGAUCCAAAGUAUCAACCCAGAUGAGAACUGAAUGUUUGUUAAGUUAUAUGGACACAACGUUAUAAUAAUAAAGCUGGUCUAUAAUACCAUUUAAGGGUUAUUGUCUUCUCCUCUGCCUUUCCUAAUGCUGAGGACAUCAGUUUGGAACAGUAUGUAGUUACUGUGUUUUGUAGAAUGUGUUAUAAAAUAAAUGAUCAGGAAGGUGAAUCUUU